AGAGAUGAUUGGUCCCAGUUACAAAGGGACAUUCACCGUCACUCUCCAGGACCUUCUUGAGUAACAGCGUUUGACUGGAACCAUAUACUGUGAACUCUCCAAGGAUGAGAGUCUGUGCUAAGUGGGUGCUGCUGUCACACUGGCUGGUUCUGGCCUAUGUGUUAAUGGUCUGCUGUAAGCUGAUGUCCGCCUCGAGCCAGCACCUCCGGGGACAUGCAGGUCACCACCUGAUCAAGCCAGGUACUUGUGAGGUGGUCGCCGUGCACCGCUGCUGCAAUAAGAACCGCAUAGAGGAGCCUGCCAUUGUGAUUGAGAAGUGGUGGUGCCACAUGAAUCCUUGCUUGGAAGGAGAGGACUGUAAAGUGCUUCCAGACUCUUCCGGUUGGUCCUGUAGCAGUGGCAAUAAAGUCAAAACCACCAAGCUUAAGUGCUUGAGAAAUCAGUGCCUGAGCUCCAUUGAAAACAUAAACACGGACAAAAAGGUAACCCUGAGACUAAAAGCCUUCUCUGACUAA